AUGGUCACUAGAUCCAAAAACAACAUUUUCAAGCCCAAACGUGCGCUCACUACAUUUAAUCACCCUCUCCCGGAGAAUCUGGAGCCAUCCAACAUUCGAGAAGCCAUGUGUCAUGAGCAUUGGAGAAGAGCUGUCUCGGAUGAAUUUGAUGCGCUUCUUCGCAAUGGAACCUGGUCUCUUGUCCCUCCUCCCAAAGGAAAAAACAUAUUGGGUUGCAAGGGGCUUUUCCGCAUCAAGAGGAAUACUGAUAGCACUAUUGCCCGCUACAAAGCUCGUCUUGUUGCCAAGGGAUUCACUCAAUGCGCUGGUCCGGAUUAUAAGGAGACAUUUGCACCAGUAGUCCGGCCUCAAACCAUAAAAAUUGUUCUAACUCUUUCUCUUACUCACAGGUGGCCAAUGCGUCAAUUGGAUGUCAACAAUGCCUUCCUCCAGGGUGCUCUUCAAGAACAGGUGUUUAUGGCUUCAAGGAUUCAUAACAUCCUGAUCAUGUUUGUCUUCUUCACAAAGCCAUUUAUGGCUUACGACAAGCACAUCGUGCAUGACAUGAUGCUCUUAAGGAAUUCAUCGUGUCACAAGGCUUUCAAAUGA